AUGUCUGUGAAGGUGCCAGUUGAAGAUAUUGAAGCUCAAUCAAAGUUGAAUCAAGAACAAGCACAAGCUUUCAAUAUCAUUCUCGAAAGGGUCAACUCAGAAACACCGGGGUUAUUCUUUGUAGAUGGGCCUGAGGGAACUGGGAAAACUUUCCUAUAUCGGGCAUUAUUGACAAAGGUGAGACCAAAAGGUAUGAUAGCAUUGGCAUCUGCAACCAGUGGUGUAGCGGCAACAAUAUUGCUUGAAGGUCAUACAUCACACUCAAGAUUUGGCAUACCAUUACAAGCAAAUGAAACAACAAUGAAAAAUAUGUCAAAACAAAGUCGGGGAGCUAAACAAAGACAAGCAAAGUUAAUAAUAUGGGACGAAGCACCCAUGGCUAAGCAACAAACAAUUGAAAUAGUCGACAAAAGCUUUCGCGAUAUAAUGGAUAGUGCCAUACCUUUUGGAGGUAAAGUCAUGGUAUUUGGAGGGGACUUUUAUCAAGUUUUUCCUGUUGUACCAAAAUCUACACGCGCAGAUACGAUAGAUGCAAGUUUGGUUAGGUCGUAUUGGUGGUCUUUAAUGGAAAAGAUUCAACUUUCGACAAAUAUGCGAGCAAAAGCAGAUACAACUUUCAGAGACUUCUUGCUUCGUAUUGGAAAUGGAGACGAAAUGAUCAUGCCUCAUCGUAGAGAUAAUGCCAGGAAUGCGAAAGCCAGGAACGCAAAUGCAGCUCUUCCAGUCCCAGAUCAAGAAGUUUUGAAUGUAGAAUUCCAGAAUGCCAUUCAGAUGUUAGCUCAGAGCAUUGCCAACCAGAACAAUCAGCGGACUCAAUUUCCAGCAAAUGCUAAUAUUGGGUCUGCUGCAGCUUGA